UUCUCUAUUCACAGUUUCUCUCUUUCUUUCUCUCUCUCUCUCUCUCUCUAGCACGAAAAUUUUCUCUCUCUAGUUUCUCUUCGAUUCCCGUUUCGUAAUUGAGCAUAGAAAAGCGUCGUUUCGCUUUUUCCACCUUCCCGUUUCGAUUAUCUGUGUCAGAAAUUGUCCAGAUUUCAGAAGAACAGUGAUAGUGGACACGUUUGAUUGCGAAGGAGUUUGUAGAUUUGUCAAGUACUUAAUUAUAGAGUGAAAUCAGAGGAACAUUAUACGCAAACAAAUACCUUGCCGAUGUUUCAUGUGGAUUUUGUGUUGUUUUAUGUGUGUAGAUUAAAGUUUUGACAUACAAGUUAGGCUGGCUCGGGAGAGCUACUUAUACUCCAGUCACCAAGCGGGGGUGUCCCCCAUGACAUCUUCUCGGGUGGCUGGAGGAUUAACACACUCAUCAUCAAGUUCUGGCAUAUUCUUUCAGGGAGAUGGGCAGUCACAGAAUGCAGUUAACUCUCACUUGAGCUCAUCUUAUGGUAACUCAUCUAACUCGAUUCCUGGAACUGGGCGUUCAAAUCUGGGUCUGGUCUCUGGGGAUAUGAGUAAUGCUGUUUUAAACAGUGUGACAAACUCAGCACCAAGUGUUGGAGCCAGUUCUCUAGUUACAGAUGCCAAUUCUGCACUUUCUGGGGGGCCCAAUUUGCAGAGAAGUGCAAGCUUUAACACUGAGUCAUACUUACGUUUACCUGCUUCACCGAUGUCAUUUUCCUCAAAUAAUAUUAGUAUUUCGGGGUCAUCAGUUAUGGAUGGUUCUGUAGUGCAACAGAGCUCUCAUCCAGACCAGAAUGUUCAACAAUUGCAGCAGAAUCACCAGCAGCAACAAAGUGCUUCUAGUGCUACAUCUUUGCUUCCAUCUCAAACUGGCCAAGGUCCACUUCCAAUGGGUGCACGAGUACCAGGGUCUUUUGUUCAAGAUCCAAACAAUUUAUCUCAGCUGCAGAAGAAACCUCGUCUGGAUAUCAAGCAGGAAGAUAUGCAGCAGCAAGUAAUACAACAGCUUCUUCAGAGGCAAGACUCCAUGCAGUUCCAGGGUCGUAAUCCACAAAUACAGGCUAUGCUUCAACAGCAGCAGAGACUUAGACAACAGCAAAUAUUUCAAUCGAUGCCACAGUUACAGCGAGCCCACUUGCAGCAGCAGCAACAACAACAACAACAGCAGCAACAGCAACAGCAGCAACAACAACAGCAGCAAAUGCAAUUGAGGCAGCAGUUACAGCAACAAGUAAUGCAGCCAUUGUCUGGAGCAAAGCGCCCAUAUGACAGUGGUGUUUGUGCCCGUCGACUGAUGCAAUACCUUUAUCAUCAAAGACAACGACCAAGUGAUAAUAGUAUAGCCUAUUGGAGAAAAUUUGUGGCUGAAUAUUACUCACCUCGUGCAAAGAAACGGUGGUGCUUGUCAUUAUAUGAUAAUGUUGGUCAUCAUGCACUUGGUGUUUUCCCCCAAGCAGCUAUGGAUGCGUGGCAUUGCGACAUAUGCGGUUCUAAAUCUGGAAAGGGAUUUGAGGCAACUUCUGAAGUUCUCCCUAGACUUAAUGAAAUCAAAUUUGGAAGUGGUGUGAUCGAUGAACUUCUGUUUUUGGACUUGCCGCGUGAAUAUAGAUUUCCUUCUGGUGUGUUAAUGUUAGAAUAUGCCAAAGCAGUUCAAGAGAGUGUGUACGAGCAGCUUCGUGUUGUUCGUGAGGGUCAACUCCGUAUCAUAUUCACGCAAGAUCUGAAGAUAUUAUCGUGGGAGUUUUGUGCAAGGCGCCAUGAAGAACUCCUUCCUCGAAGGUUGGUUGCACCGCAGGUAAACCAGUUGGUUCAAGUAGCACAAAAAUGCCAAAGUACAAUUGCUGAGAGUGGAUCUGAUGGGAUUUCUCAGCAGGAUUUGCAAACAAACAGCAAUAUGGUAUUGACUGCUGGGCGUCAUCUUGCGAAGAGUUUGGAGUUGCAGUCACUAAAUGACUUAGGUUUCUCCAAAAGAUAUGUGAGAUGCUUGCAGAUAGCUGAGGUUGUGAACAGCAUGAAAGAUCUGAUAGAUUUUGGCCGUGAGCACAAAAUUGGUGCAAUAGAAAGCUUGAAAACCUAUCCUCGACAUGCAACUGCAGCCAAGUUUCAGAUGCAAAAGAUGCAGGAGAUGGAACAACUAGCCAAUGUUCAAGGUCUGCCUACUGAUCGAAAUACACUGAAUAAGCUAAUAGCCAUGCACUCAGGCUUGAACAACAAAAUCAACAAUAAUCCUAAUAUGGGUAAUCGAGGUGCUUUAACUGGAUCGGCUCAAGCUGCUUUGGCACUGUCCAACUACCAGAAUAUUCUCAUGAGGCAAAACUCGAUGAAUUCAAACUCUGGUUCGCUUCAGCGAGAAGGAUCAUCUUCUUUCAAUAAUUCAAUUCCGAGCCCAUCUUCAACCAUGCAAGGAUCUGCUGGAGCUUCUGCUUUAAUUUCAGGUUCAUUGCAGGGUUUACCUGCUAGUGGUUUCUCCAGUCCCCAUCUGCAACAGCAGCAGCAACAGCAACUGCAACAACUUCAACAACGCUCUCUAAGUGCAAAUAGCAUACUACAGCAAGGUCAUUCACAGGGCUCUCAGGCAAACCAGGCUCUGCAACAGCAGAUGAUUCAACAACUGCUGCAGGAGAUGUCUCAUAGCAAUGGAGGGAUGCAACCUCAGUCCCUUGGUGGAUCCAAUGGAAAUGGUAACAUGGCAAAGAAUGGUGGGGUGGGCUUUGGUGGCCAGACUCUACGCGUAGCUGGAGAUACUUCUAAUGUUUCUGGAAGUAAUGGACCUGUACCUAGCCGGAGCAACAGCUUCAAAGCCGCUUCGAACAGUGAUUCUUCUGCAGCUGGUGGCAACAAUGGAUUUAACCAGAGAACAUCUGACAUGCCACAAAAUCUCCAUUUGCCAGAAGAUGUGGAUAUUGGCAAUGAUUUCAUGGAUAGUAGUUUUUUCAACAGUGAUCUAGAUGAUAACAUGGGCUAUAGCUGGAAGGCUUGACUAACACAACUUUGUCCAUUCAUUUGCUUAUCUUGGCUUUUAAGUGUUGAGCAUAUUAUCUCUGUACAGGAUAUUUGGAAUAUCUGAUGCUUAUUCUCUGUGUUGACUGCUCA